AUGCCCUAUGACGACAAGGGCGUCUUCACAGGGUGCUUCUGGCCCACGGGCCCGCGUGGUGAGAAGGAUCAAUUGACGGUUGUCUACUCAUCCAUUGUCCAACUGCCUAUACACUGGACCAUACCGUACAGUCGAGACUGCGCGGGAUUGGCCAUGGCAACUUCACGCGAUGGCGGGCAGACGUGGCGAAAAAGUCCCCUGAACCCGAUUCUCAAGGGCGAGCCAGAGGGUCUGAUAGUCACUGGAUUCAGAGAUCCAUUCUUCGCAGAGUGGCCUGCGCUGGAUCAGAUGCGGGGCGAACAGUGCCUCUACGGUGUGGUCUCGGGUGGCAUUGUAGGCCAAGGUCCCAAUGCGUUUGUGUAUGCCGUGUCGCCAGACGAUCUCACCACGUGGUCAUACCUGGGACCCCUGAGCGAGAUAGCCGUCGACGCGCAGCGGCCGACCAAGUGGACAGGCGAUCUCGGGUUAAACUGGGAGUGUGUCAACGUCGUCACGCUCGAGACACAGGAUUUCCUGCUCAUGGGAACCGAAGGCGGCCAGAAGCGCGGGCACCCCUCAAAACACGAGGUGUACGCCAUGUGGAUGGCCGGAACUCUCGAGCAGACAGCAGAUGGACCGCGCAUGCAGCAUGCGUACAAUGGCUUGCUGGACCAUGGUAGCUUCUAUGCUGCCAACUCUCAUCUCGACCCGAUCACGGGCCAACGUGUCGUCUGGGGCUGGAUCAAGGAGGAAGAGCUCACGCUGGCGAGGAGGGAGGCCAAGGGCUGGACGGGCUGCCUUGCGCUUCCGAGAGAGGUCUUUCUGCUCAAGGUGCCAGAUGUGGUUGGCACGCUCAAGACACCUUUGGGUGAGAUUGAGUCUCUGCGAGUCAGCCCCGAGGGUAUCGAAACGCUGGGAAUUCGGCCACUGAAGAGCCUAGCUUCGCUGCGCAGGACACAGCCUAAGACCAUCACGAAUAUUCCAGGCGUAUUUGGCAGGACCCGUCUCCCGAAUCCGUCCUCGGGCAGCUGGGAGCUGGAGGCCGUCGUGAACGUGCAUCAGCAGCAUCAGCGCGUCGGGUUCUACCUCAACCACGACGAAGACUACCACCACAAAACCAGCCUCCACUUCUCGCCGCAGGAUGAAGAGGUCGUGGUCGAGAGAGAGACGUCAAACAGCGAGGACGACAUUGUCCGCAACAACGUCAGCGGCGGAUUCACGCUCUUCGUGACGGAGAAGAACGGCGUCGAGUCCACCGAGAAGCUGCAUCUGCGAAUCUUCCGCGACGGCGACGUCCUCGAGAUCUUCGCCAACGACCGCUUCGCUCUGUCCACCAUGGUAUACGCCAACGGGGCCGACUGCAUAAACCUGAGCUGCUUCGUCGAGGGGGCCGAAGCUGACAUUGUCUUUGAAUCGAUAGCAAUAUGGGAGGAUCUGGACCGGGUACAAUUCUGA